AUGGCCUCCAAAGUCCUUCCGCUGGUUGGCGCCGCCGUUACCAUUUUGGCCUUGUCGAUCGUCAACGGUCUGCGAUCCAAUCUCCGCAAGGCCCGCAAGACGCGCAUUCCAUAUAUCAUUGUGCCAUGCUCGCCAUACACCCCGAUGUGGCGGCUUACCUUUCAGUUCUGGGUCUUCUUCAUCAAGCUUUUGCCCAAAAGCAUGUGGGAGGGAUGGCUGUUCAUCAUGCUCCCCGACUGGGGUUACAGCACCGGCCAAGAGCACUUUGCUCGCAUCGGGGACACCUUCUUGAUCGUUGCCCCCUUCUACAUGAAUCUGUACACCCAGAGCCCCGCUGCCAUCCACGAGAUUGCCUCGCGCCGCGAACAUUUCCCCAAGGCCACGAAAAAUUACCGCAUCCUCGAGAUAUUUGGCCGCAACGUCCUGACCACAGAGGGCGCCGUCUGGCGCUUCCACCGCAAGGCCACCAGCGCCUCCUUUAACGAGAAGAACGCCGCCCACACCUUUGCUGAGGCCAUCCACCAGGCCCAGGGCCUCGUCGCCAAGUGGAACGACACCGCCCAGAGUGACUCGCCCACCAUUAUGACCAUCGAAAAGGACACCAUGACCUUGGCUCUCAACAUUAUCGGCUAUGUCGGCUUCGGCCUCCGCUUCACCUGGCCGGGCCAGGCCCUGCCGGCCGACACCCACCCGCGCAUGCGCAAGUACGGCAGCCAGGAGCCACCGUCGGGCCACACCAUGACAUUUGCCGCGUCAGUCGAAGGCGCCUUGCACAACAUCAUCAUGCUGCUCUUGAUGCCCGCGCCGCUGCUCAAGUUUCUGUCGCUGUUCUUGGCGAGGGCGCACACGGCCUUGCACUCGUAUGCCAACUAUGUGCAGUACAUGAACGAAUUUCUAGUCGACAAGGUGGCCAGCGCAAAGGAAGACGCCGAAAAGGGUAUACGUGCCGGCGAUAUGGGUAUGGACAUUAUGGGUCAGUUGGUGCGUGGUCGGUACAACGACGAGGUGGAGGACAAAACCACGAAAAAGGCGAAAUCGGCGGACAAUGCGUUGGCAGAGUCCACCCUCACCGACGACGAGAUCAUCGGCAACGCCUUCAUUAUGCUGGUCGCCGGCCACGAGACUACCGCCAACUCGUUACACUUUGCUCUGCUCGAGCUCGCCACCAACCCGGCCAGCCAGCGCGCCCUGCAGGCCGAUGUGGACCGCUUGCUGGGCCGUGACUCCGACCCCAGCACCUGGGAUUACGAAGCCAGCAUCAACGGCAUGCUGGCCUCCAUGCUUGGCGCCGCCAUGAACGAGACGCUUCGCCUUAUGCCGCCCGUCAUCAAUCUGCCCAAAUUGGUCACGCCCGCCGCCGACCAGCCACUCGCGCUCCCGGAGACCGGCCAAACACACAUCCUGCCCGCCGGCUGCGACAUUAUUUUGAGCGCCGUCACCGUUCAGCGCCACCCCAAGUACUGGCCUGAAUUGUCGCCCGCCGAUCUCGACAUGUUCCGGCCCGCGCGGUGGUUUGAAAAGGACGCCGAGGCGGUGGCCGUGAAGGCAAAGGACGCAAAGCUUGCCGAUAUUGUCGGCGCCGACACCGAGGACUAUGGCGGGUUCAGUGGGCCUGACACAAGCGCGCAGCUGUUCCGCCCUGUGCGUGGAAGCUUUGUACCCUUCUCCGACGGCCCUCGCAGCUGCUUGGGCCGCCGCAUCGCGCAGGUCGAGAUGCUCGCGGCUCUGGCCGUGCUGUUUCAGCGCUACAGCAUUGAGCUGGCCGUCGACGAUUGGGCCGACGAUAAACAAGUUGCCGCCAUGGAUGACGAGGCCCGUCAGGAGUUGUACAGCAAGGCCCAGACGCGGUGUCGGGCCACAUUGCGGAGCGCCAUAUCAGUCUUGACCCUCAAGCUGCAUGGCAAAUCCGCUGUGCCUGUGCGGCUGGUGCCGCGGGGCCAAGAGCGGUUUGUGCAUUGCGUGGAUGCAAGAACGAGGUAG